CGUGGUGGCAGUCACAUGAUCUCCACAGAUGACUUGGAGUAUCCGCGGGAGUACCGGACGCUGGGGAACAGCGCCCGGCGCUUCUCCAAUGUGGGCCUGGUGCAUACAUCUGAGCACCGCCACACCGUCAGCGCCGCCCAGAGCCUGGAGGCCCUGACCAACCUGCAUAAGGCUGACAUGGAACGCAAGAGGGACGCCUUCAUGGAUCACCUGAAGAGCAAGUAUCAGCAGCAGCAGCAGCUGCAGCAUCCACACCACAGCCCCCACCACAACCCGCCAUCGCCCUCACCCUCCCACGCCAGCAUGAGGGGUACGUCAGAGCGGUCUGCACGAGAACAGGUACGUAGUGAGCAACAGCCCAACUACUGGAGCUUUAAGAGCCGCAGUCCACGGCAUUCCCAGUCUACCCAGUCUGGGCUUGCCGACCAGGCCGCCAAGCUCUCCUUUGCCUCCGCUGAAUCCUUGGAGACCAUGUCGGAAGCCGACAUCCCCCUUGGGUUCAACCGGAUGAACCGAUUUCGCCAGAGCCUGCCGCUGUCCCGCUCUGCCAGCCAGAAUAAGCUACGAUCUCCAGAUGAAUAUUCAGGUGUGCUGUUCCUGCAGUACGGAGAUGAGACACGUCGGGUGCACAUCACCCACGAGCUGAGCAGCCUGGACACGCUGCACGCUCUCAUCGUGCACAUGUUCCCUCAGAAGCUGACAGCAGGUAUGUUGAAGUCACCCAACACGGCCAUCUUGAUCAAGGACGAGGCGCGCAACGUCUUCUACGAACUAGAAGACGUCCGAGACAUCCAGGACCGCAGCAUCAUCAAGAUUUACCGCAAGGAGCCAAUCUACGCUUCCUAUCCUGCUGCUGCACACCUUGCUAACGGAGACCUGAGGAGGGAGAUGGUGUACUCCUCUCGUGACUCCUCCCCAACUCGCCGCCUCAACACGCUCCCCUCCUCUACGGCCUCAGCGUCCUCUGGCUCUCCAUCCCGCUCACGCCUCUCCUACAGCGGGGGUCGACCUCCAUCCUUCGCAGGGUCCCAUCCCCAGCAUGAACAGCCCCGACAUCCCCACCAUCCCGCAGCCGGCCACAGUGCCAACGCAGGCCUGUCUCCCUCGCCCAGCGCCAUCCUGGAGCGCCGCGACGUCAAGCCAGACGAGGAAGUUUCCGCUAAAAACAUGGCCCUGAUGAAGAACGAGGGGCUGUAUGCAGAUCCCUACAGCCUGAUGCACGAGGGCCGCCUCAGCAUCGCCUCCACCCAGUCGUUAGCUGCCAUCGGAGACCCCUUUAGCUUCCCUGUUUCAAGUGGCCUGUACCGGCGUGGCUCUGUGCGCUCACUCAGCACCUACUCAGCUGCUGCUCUUCAGGGGGACCUGGAGGACUCCCUCUACAAGCCUGGAGGUUCACUCUACUCUGACACAUACUCCUCAGCCACACUGGGCAUGGGUUUUCGCAUGCCGCCCUCAUCCCCGCAGAAAAUCCCAGACAUGCAGCUGAGAGACAGGGACUCAUAUUCCAGCUCACCCAGCAGAGCCUCACCUGUCAGGCAGACCUUCCGCAAGGACUCGGCCUCCUCCUCUGUGUUUGUGGAGAGCCCAAAGUCGAGGCCAAGCUCCAGCUCAGAGCCUCUGUGUCUGACAGCCGGGCCUGGGGAAGGCGGCCGGGCUACGCCUGGCUUUGGUUCUUCAAUGUCUGGACAAGACCCUGACAGCAGCAGGGAUCACCGUCUGGAGCGGAUGGAGGCGAUGGAGAAGCAGAUAGCCAGCCUUACUGGUCUCGUCCAGAGUGUGCUGACCAGAGCACCAGACAGUGACAGCACAUGCGGCCUGCUGCGUCUCUGCAUGAUGGCGGGCUGCCCUCCGGACCAAGGGACGGAGUUCUCACGGCCAUUACCUUUCUCUUCCAGCGAGAAGACCGAAACCAACAGCGACGGCUCCGCCACUGGAACUGGACGGCUGAAGAAGAAAGCUAAUACACCAUCAGCACCUCUAGCUCUGAUGCCGCCGCCACCUUCAAACACAACCCAGGUGAACAGCAUCGGCCGCUUGCAGAUGCAGCUCCACCUGCACGGCCUCCAGCAAAACGCCACAGACCUGCGCAAACAGCUCACCCAGCUACGCAAGACACAGCUGGAGAACCAGGACUCGGUGCGAACCCUGUUGAAGCGGACAGAAGCGGAGCUGAACGUGCGUGUGGCUGACGCUCUGAGGAAGCAGGAGGAUCCUCUGCAGAGACAGCGCCUCCUGGUGGAGGAAGAGAGACUGAAGUACCUCAAUGAGGAAGAGCUCAUCAUCCAGCAGCUCCACGACCUGGAGAAGUCAGUGGAGGAGAUCCAGAAGGAGUCGUCUGUCAACCACAAGCUGGUGACGGUGCAGGAGCUGGAGGAGAAGGCCACUGUUCUGAGAAAGCUGGGAGAAACACUCACAGAACUAAAAAAUCAGUUCCCAGGCCUGCAGAGUAAGAUGCGGGUGGUGCUCCGGGUGGAGGUGGAGGCCGUCAAAUUCCUGAAAGAAGAGCCACACAGGCUUGACGCCCUGUUAAAACGCUGCAAGACUAUAACUGACACCCUCGCCACCAUGCGCAAACAAGCGAAUGAGGGGGUGUGGAAGAAGCAGGAGGACUUCUCUAGUCCUUCGUCAAAGCACAAUGACGACUUGCGAAAGUUUUCAGACUUUGAAAUCCCCACCAGCCCACCACUCACCAUCAAUGACCUUGGGGGAGGCAACAGCCUGUCCAACUGGAGCCCCCACGCCAGCCUCAACCGUGGCCACGGGAACCCGUCUGGGCCACACAAGGACAAUCAUCCUCCUGUUCCCCACAAGGGCAAGGCCCUGGAGGAGCUGGAACGCCGUGCUGCUGCUGAUAAAGCUUUGUCCGUGGAGGUCCGGCUGGCAGCAGAGCGGGACUGGGAGGAGAAGCGGGCCAGUCUGACACAGUACAGCGCCCAGGACAUCAACCGGUUGCUGGAGGAGACCCAGGCUGAGUUAAUGAAAGCUAUUCCAGACCUGGACUUUGCUGCCACGCAGAUCAAGCCCGCCUCCAACACACCAUCCUCCCAAAUUCCCCAAUGUGGGGCAGGAACCCCAGAGCACCGCGUCAGCAAGCCCCAGCACAAGCUCUCUGGGAAAGAGGGAGGAUCCAGGCGUGGCUCUGAUGAGCUGACAGUGCCACGGUAUCGCACAGAGAAACCCUCCAAGUCUCCUCCUCCUCCACCACCUAGACGCAGUUUCCCAUCUUCUCCAGGCCUAACCACCCGCAGCGGAGAGCCGCUAAUUCCUGGAAAAUGUAUCAAGAAGUCUGAAUCUGAGGAGACUGAAGCCCAGAAGCCUCACGUGAAACUGAGGAGGGCCGUGUCUGAAAACCCUCGUCCUGCAUCAACGCCCCCUACACUUGCCUCUGGGGACAAAGAGGAAAGAGAGGAGGAGAAAAUUGCCGCCGCAUUGGAGCUGUUUGAGAGAGCCCCGCUCAGGCUCGCUCUCCCCCCACCCGUUAGCCUGUUAACUCGCUGCAGGAAAAGUGUACCCCCCUGCAGACUGGACCUGCGGCCAUCUGAGGCCCCAGGCACUGAGGGAAGACGCUUGUCUCCUGUUCCCCAGAUCGUGUUGACAGAGUGUUUGCCGGCUUCAUCCACUGUCUCAGAGGAUCCUGUCAGAGAUUUAGCAAAUGACCCAGCACAAGAGAGUCCAUCACGGGACUGGACUGGUCAUAACAAUGUCCACCAGACUCAAAUUUCAAAAGAAAGCGAUUCAUUCGGAAGCCCUCCUCAGCGAGAGCAGUGUCAUUAUAAAGCGGAUGUGGAGUUAAAACAGAGAGUAGCCCUGCUGCUGACAGAGCUGGAGGUGAGGGUGUUGUCCCCCGUUGAGGCCCAGGAGUUCAGCAGGACUACAGGUGAAGGUCUGCAGACUCUGACCAUCUCACCACAGACCAAAGAAGUCUCUGAGGCCCAGCUGAGUGACCGACCUCUCCUGGUGCUCCUCAGGGAGGAAGAAACAGUCAGGGAGGCCUACAGGCGGCUGCGCUCCCUCUUGGAGUCAUCGAAGCCGAUGCCUAAACCCAGAAUAAAAUCCCCCCUUCACUCAGUCCGGCAGAGCUCUCUGCUGGAGGCUCUAAGGAGAGGGAUAGAGACAGGGGAUAGAGUGCUGACACUUCAGCACAGCACUGAAAUUAAGACGAUUUCUAAUGUGCAGCAGAAUUCAAUGAACACUACUAUUAAACCCAGUGGGUCGGCCAGUUCAUUUGACAGUCUGUCCGACCAGAGCCAGAGGAAACUGAGAGAAGAUAUCCGACACAGCACCUACAGGAGGCUGGACAGCUUGGAGGAGACUAUUCGGGAGCUGGAGAACACCUUGAUAGAGAUCGGUGGCCAUCCAGCUGUAGAUCCGCUCUACUCUGAGGCAACCACCAAAAGCUCUCCUGUGCAGAUGACAGGCAGUCCGACAUCUGAGAACAGGAAGCCACCAGUCCCACCCAAGCCGUCCUCUCCAGCAUCGAUCCAGGGAGGGAAUAUUUCUAGUGUUGGCAAGGCUCUCCACUCCUCAGCUGCAUCCAAACUGAAGCACCUGCAGCAGAAUAGCACAGACAAGAAUAAAAGUGGCAAAAGAGAGGACUUCCUGAAGAUGCAGGACCAGCAGCAGCAGUGAGCGACCUGUCCGUGUCCAGCCUCUUCAGCUUCCUCCUCCUCCUGUUCACCUGACUAGAGAGAUACACACAUCCGUCUGCC